GCGGUCCCUACUCCCUAUUCCCUCUGCCUCUCUCUCCUCGUCGUCUUCUUCCUUCCUCUGCUCCCCCACCCCAAUUCGGAUCAAACGAAUUCGUUAAAUAAUCUCUAAAAACACACGGUGAACGGGAUCCAAGAGAUUAAAACGAAACGUUCCGGUUCCCGUGAUUAGGGCUCGGAGCUAGUCGUGUGAUUUUUGGGGUCGUGAUUUAGGGUUUCGGAUUUUGAGGAUUGGUUCCGAAUCAGACCAUGAAUGAGCAGAUGUUGCGGCCUCCGCCGCAGCUGCCGUACCUGAUGUGGGCGGCGGCGGCGCCCCCGCCGGCGAUGGAGCCUCCGGUGGGGUUCGUCGGGGGGAAGCCGGCGUGGAAGCGGGCUGCGCGGCCGGGGUGGAAGCGCAAGGCCCCGCCGCCGGCGGGCGCGAGGUGGGGGGGCUCGGCGGCCCCGCGCAACACGACGUCGUUCCUGAUCCGGGCGAAGCGGGCGGGGGGCGUGGCGUCGCUGGUGUCGCCGUGCCCCGUGACGCCGGCGGUGCUGCCGACGCCGCGGCUGUCGCCGGCGCGGGAGGUGCUGGUGGAGAUGGCCAAGGAGGCGUGGGGCGUCGACGGGUACGGUUCCAUGAAGGGCCUCAUCCGCCUCCGCUCCCAGGCCGCCGCCGCCGACGUCGGGGGCGCUGCUGGCGGGGACUCGGGCUCGGGCGCGAGCGACGUGGAGGAGCACGUCGAGGUGGAGCGCCGCCUGGACCACGACCUCAGCCGCUUCGAGAUGGUCCAGCCCCCGGCCGCGGCCGCCUUCGACGACGAGGACGACGAAGCGCGCGCGGCAAGGCUAGAGGAGGAGAACCUGACCCUCCGUGAGCGCCUCUUCCUGAUGGAGCGCGACAUGGCCGACCUCCGCCGCCGGCUCCUCGCCGUCGAGGAGGUCUGCCGGGACCGUCACCGCGACGAGGCGGUGCCCUCGGAAAGCGUGGCCGACCUCGACGUCGCCAUGGACGACUGAAGCAUAGCUACCUGACCUGGCCAGGCCAACUCGGCUGUACAUACGGUUUCCAUUUCCCUGUGCAGAUGUCGCUGUGAAGAGUAGGCAGAAGCAGCAGCAGCAGCAUAGCUUAGAUUCACUCCUCGUUGCAUCUUGUUAGUUUGUUGUCUUGUAGCUUGAUUUCAUAUCAUGCCGCAUCAUGUUAGAAUCAGUCAGUCCAGUCAGUCCGUGGAUGACGAUGAAAUGUGCAAGCAGGCAGAGGCAGGAACGCAAGAUCCUGGUGUCCCGCGCUCCUGCUGCGCUUGUAGUCUUGUAGAUCUACCACCAACCACUGCUCACCUGUAAUCUGUUGUUCGUCGUCAAAUCGUGAUUCAGACAUGUUCUUUCUUUCA